ACAUCCCUCACAACACCAACAACAACAAAAAACAAAAAACAAACAACAAACUUAGCUUCAGCUACAUUUCUGAAUUCUUGCAUAAUGUCGAGGUUGCUGGAUUCUCUCUCGGUAGGAAGAGUCGUGGGGGAAGUCGUGGACAGCUUCGUAUCUUGUGUGAAGCUGAUUGUAACAUACAACAGCAACAAGCAAGUCUGCAAUGGCCAUGAGCUCAUGCCCUCUGUCAUUGUGUCCAAGCCACGAGUCGAUAUUGGUGGAGAAGACAUGAGGGCUGCUUACACUCUUGUCAUGACUGAUCCUGAUGUUCCAGGCCCUAGUGAUCCAUACAUGAGGGAACAUCUCCACUGGAUAGUUACAGAUAUACCAGGCACUACUGAUGCAUCUUUUGGGAGAGAGAUUGUGAACUAUGAGGCUCCAAGGCCAGUAAUCGGCAUCCAUCGCUAUGUGUUUGUGUUGUUCAAGCAGAGAGGCAGACACACUGUGAGGCCGCCGGCUUCAAGAGAUUACUUCAACACAAGAGGAUUUGCAGAAGAGAAUGGCUUAGGAUUGCCUGUUGCUGCUGUCUAUUUCAAUGCACAAAGAGAGACUGCUUGCAGAAGAAGAUGAACCUUAAAUCCAUCAAUAAACAAUCAUGGAUCAAUAACUGUUAUUCUCUAUUCUUAAAUAGUACACACCCAUGUUCUGCUUUUACUAUAUUUUCAUGAUUUCUGACAAUUAAACUAAAAAUAAAACCUUUUUGACAAGGUUAGUUGGUCCCCACCACUUUUUUGAUGUGUUUAAGGUUUCUGUUAAUCUCAUAAGGAGAAGAUACACUUGUACAAGAUUUAUAGUAUGUUGUUGUGUAGUGUGGUCCCCCUCAUUUCAUGACUCACUACUAAUGAUCUACUAAAUGCUAUCACUGUUUUGCUUGUC